UCGCUUCGUGAAACAGAGCGUCUCAGCCCGGACGACAUUAUUUAGUGCGAGCUAUAAUCGUAAUAUUAAAAUUGAAUUAUUAAAUCAAAAACCAUGUCGUACAAAGCAGAUUUACGGCAAUUAUUAAAGCCAUAUUACUGGUUCAAUAUAAUAUUAAGUAUGUCCUACGUUACGUGUAAGAGAACGGGUAUAAUUUGCAACUUUUUGUUCCCUAGUUCGGACUGUGAGUUGGACAGUAGAGAAACGGAAAUAUUAUUUUUCCUAAUUAUAGUCGUUAUGCUGAGGACAAGGAAGGCGGGAAGUGUGACUAUGGUUAACUAUUUGUCGUCUUCAUUCGUUUAUACGAAGAUUGCUAACUUAAUUCUAUGGUUUUACGCUGAUAUAAGAUACGGCCUACCCUACGGAGCCAUCCUAAUUCUAUCAGCUCUACUCCUCCCGGAACCAACAUACAUGGGCCCGGAACACGUAACCUACUUCAGAGGCCCUCAAGUCCUGGAUGACGAGCUGAAACACCACAAGAGUACCACUUGGAUAGUCUGUCUGUAUGCUGCUUGGCAUCCAGCUUGUGUCAACUUUGCUCCGGUGUUUGCUGAGCUGUCUGCGAGCUAUAGCUUGGAUAACUUGAAGUUUGGAAAGCUUGAUGUUGGCAGGUACCCUGAAGCGGCAGCUAAGUACAGAGUACAGGACGGUCCGACCAGCCGGCAGCUGCCGACGGUGCUGGUGCUGUCCGAGGGACAGGAGAAGAUGAGGAGACCUCAGGCUGACCAUACCGGGAAACUGCAGAAGUUCCUCUUCUCAAAAGACAAUGUGAAGGCAGCGUUCGACCUGGACGGCAUCUACCAGGAAUGCAAGCAGAGACUGGCAGCCACCAAGAGCAUUAAGAAGGAGGAGUAGACUCCACCACCACCUCAUACUUCAUCCUCAUCAUAAGCUGGAAGACGUCAGCUGCUGAACCAAAGCCUUGUCUGCAAAGUCAAAUUAUAAAAGCAUGGUGUUUAUAAUAUAAGGUGUUCUAAAAGUAUCUGCCACGGCUUUAAUGAGAGGUAGUGUUGUGUUUGAAGAUUACAAUAGUGAAGAAGUUAGAAGUUAAAUAAUCAUUGACUCUACUCUAUAUUAAAGCUGUGGCAGAUACUUUUGUGCUACUCCUUAUAUAGAUACUUUAGAAGUCAAGUUAGAAUAGUCAAAGUCAAAAUUAUUAAUUUUAAAUAGACCGAAAAAGUGGCACUUUUGAACGUCAAAGCAAAUAUUAAAAUAUUUUUUAUAUUUAGCAAAAUGUUUGUCUGUCGGUCAGUCCUCUAGUUGCUCUAUUUGCUCGUUCCAAAGUGUUACUCUUUUUCAAUCAGGUUCACAAUACAAUUCUUAGUUACAUUGUUUCGAUUGCUUUAAUUAUGUGAGAACAAUGUGACACUAAUAUUCAGUCAAAGGGAUCAAAAAGAUCUUUGGACAUGCGUAUAGAUAGAUGCAUAUAGGUAAUAAACUUACAAUAAAAAUUAUAUCACCUGAAUUAUCCUUUUUGUGUUGGGUAGUCCAUUUAUCGAGGAAGGCUAUAGGCUAUAAAACUUCACGCUAUGACCAAUAGGAGCCGAGCAGCUGCUGACAAUGCGCGGGAGUAGCUGCCUAGUUUUAUUUAAUAUGAUUAUAAGUAUGUAAAGAUCUGUUAAUAAUAGUAAUAUUUAAUUUAGUGCUGCCAAUUUUUUUUACAACCUAUUUAUUUUAUAAUUUUGUAUGUUUUGAUAAUGUCGUUAAAUUCCUUAAUGAUCUAUGAAUCUAAAGUAUAAAUGCAAUAAAAUUAUUAUUAAAUAUUAUGUCGCAGACUGUAUAGAUUGUCUAUUUAAUGGUGCUUUUCCACCACAGAUGUGCUAUGUAGCUAUGCUACGAAGAUGUAAUAGCUAAGCUGUGAAACUAUGUGACCGUUUCCACUGAUACUAAACUAUGUAGCUGUGCGAGGAAGAUGUGCAUCUCGAGUAUGCGAUGUAUCGAUAGUAGAGAAGCCAUCCAUAGCACGCAUCUUCCAUAUAAAAACAUAGCUUAGUUGAGUCCGUUUCCACCAGUGCUAAGCUAUGUGUACUAAUGAAUAUGAUUGGUGGAAGCCAAACACAUCCACAGCAACGUAGCGUAGCACAUCUCUGGUAGAAAAGCAGCCUGAAGUAACUGCCUUUUAGUAUAAGUUGAUGUUUUAUGUGUUGUGUUUAUUUAAUGUUUUUUGUAAAUAAAUCUUUAUUAGAUCGUGCUUUA